UCCCUCCGCCUCUGCAACAAGACACUUUAUAAAGAGCCGACUUUCUAUUUCAUUCCUUACCAAACCUCACUGGCUUUAAGAGCUCAAGACUCUUCCCAGGCACCUUCAGGAGGGACAGAAAGAAGCAUUUUGGAAUCAAUUUCUCAUAAGAGCAGCAACUUAAAAUGCUUAGGAAGAUGUUUGUGAUCUUUGGAGUCUCAGAUAUACUUUGGAUGGUGUUUGCAGUUUCUCAAGCUUUCAAAGUUGACAUGUUCCCAAAUGAAUACAAAAUUUUUGCUCAGAUUGGUGACUCUGUUUCACUGACUUGUAGUGCAACAGGCUGUGAGUCUCCAUCAUUUUCUUGGAGAACUCAGAUAGACAGUCCACUGAAUGGAAAGGUGAAAAAUGAGGGGACCACAUCCAUGCUGAUCAUGGAUCCUGUUAGUUUCGGGAAUGAACACCAGUACCUGUGCACAGUGACUUGCAAGGAUAUGAAACGGGAGAAAGCAAUCCGAGUGGAGAUCUACUCUUUCUCUAAGGAUCCAGAGAUUCGUCUGAGCAGCCCCCCAGAGGUCGGGAAGCCAGUCACAGUCACGUGUUCGGUGCCUGAUGUUUACCCAUUCGAAAGGCUGGAGAUAGAGUUGUUGAAAAGCAACCGUUCCAUGAAAGUACAGGAAUUUCUGGAGCCUUCAGAAAAAAAGGCCCAAGAAACAAAGAGCUUGGAAGUGACCUUCUCGCCUACUGAUGAGGAUAUUGGGAAAGCUCUUGUUUGUCAAGCUACAUUACACAUUUAUGAUGAUGAUUCUCCACCCAAAGAAAGGAAAACUAUGAAAGAACUGGAAGUCUACAUCUCACCCAAAGACACAGCUAUAUCCGUGAAUCCCUCCACAAGGCUGCAGGAAGGCGACUCUGUGACGAUGACGUGUACCAGUGCAGGUCUACCAGCUCCACGGAUUCUCUGGAGCAAGAAAUUAGACAAUGGGAAUCUACAGCUCCUUUCUGAGAAUGCAACUCUCACUUUAAUUUCUAUGAGGGCAGAAGAUUCUGGGAUUUAUGUGUGUGAAGGAGAUAACCCUGUUGGGAAAGACAGAAAAGAGGUGAAAUUAAUUGUUCAAGAGAAAAACUUUACUGUUGAGAUCUCUCCUGGACCCCAGAUUGCUGCUCAGAUUGGCCACUCAGUCGUGUUGACCUGUGAUGUCAGGGACUGCGAGUCCCCAUCUUUCUCUUGGAGAACCCAGAUUGACAGCCCUCUGAACGGGAAGGUGAGGAGAGAGGGCUCCAAGUCCACGUUGACCCUGAGCCCUGUGAGUGUCGAGAACGAACAUUUCUACCUGUGCACUGUGAUGUGCGGGCAAAAGAAACUGGAAAAGGGAAUCCAGGUGAAGCCCUACUCCUUCCCUAGUGAUCCAGAAAUUGAAAUGAGUGGUCCGUUAGUGAGUGGAAACCCAGUCACUGUAAGCUGCAAGGUUCCUAAUGUGUAUCCUUUUGACCGGCUGGAGAUUGAAUUGUUUAAAGGGGAGAGUAUUAUGAUGAAUAAAGUCUUCUCGAAAGAUGUAAGUAAGAAAGCCCUAGAGACCAAGAGUUUGGAGAAGACCUUCAUCCCCACCGCUGAAGAUACUGGAAAUGUUCUUGUUUGUCUGGCUCGGUUACCUAUUGAUGAAAUGGAAUUUGAACCCAAACAAAGGCAGAGUACACAGACACUCUAUGUUAAUGUUGCUCCCAGGGAUACAACCAUCUCGGUCAGUCCCUCCUCCAUCCUGGAGGAAGGUAGUUCUGUGAAUAUGACAUGCUCUAGCAAUGGCCUUCCAGCUCCCAAAAUCUUGUGGAGCAGGCAGCUAAGUAAUGGGGAUCUACAGCCUAUUUCUGAGAAUGAAACUCUCACCUUCAUGUCUACAAAAAUGGAAGAUUCUGGUAUUUAUGUCUGUGAAGGCAUUAACCAGGUUGGAAUAAGCAGAAAAGAAGUCAAAUUAAUUAUCCAAGUUGCUCCAAAAGACACACAACUUACAGCUUUUCCUUCUGAGAGUGUCAAGGAAGGAGACACUGUCAUUAUCUCCUGUACGUGUGGAAAUGUUCCCCCAACUUUGAUAAUUCUGAAGAAAAAAGCAGAGACUGGCUACACAGUGCUAAAGUCUACAGGUGGUGCCUAUACCAUCCACAGGGCUCAGUUAGAGGAUGCGGGAGUAUACCAGUGUGAAUCUAAAAAUGAAGUUGGCUCACAGCUAAGGAGCCUAACACUUGAUGUUAAAGGAAGAGAAGGUAACAAGGACUAUUUUUCUCCUGAACUUCUGGUACUUUAUUGCGCAUUCUUCUUAAUAAUACCUGCCAUUGGAAUGAUUAUUUACUUUGCUAGAAAAGCCAACAUGACAGGGUCAUACAGUCUUGUAGAAGCAUAGAAAGUGUGCUAAUGCUUGUAAAGUGUAGCCACUGUGUGAAAUGUUCUACCAAAGAUGCUAUCAGUCCAGAUGCUCAAUACUGCUCAUCAUUCCACGAGGAAAACAGAGACUGGGAGUUCAGGCUUCCUUGAGUGCACUGAACGCUGGGAAAGAAAUGGCUGCCUAUGGCCCUCACUGUGAGCAAGAAGCCAAAGGAAAAUUUCUGCUUAAAAACCAGGCACUACCAUUGAGAUGACUGGAGUCAUUUCUUGAUGUGUAUAUACAAUAACAUGAUUUGUAUAUAUGUAAAACUAUGCUGUAGCAAGGUUGCUUGGGAUAUCAGCACACUAGUCACUAUAUCUAAAAUUAUUAAAAUGUUGCUUGAACUGAUUGUUAUAACUUAAUGCAUCUUAAUAUCAACUGGCAGCUGAACUAUGUCAUCUUUUUAAUAUUUUAUUUCCUUUAACAAAAUUUUAUUCCUAUAAAGUUCAUGUUGUAUGAAGAUGCCAGGGUUUUAUAUUAUUCUAGGUAAUUGAUAGACCAAGAGGGCACUGGCUUGACUUUCAGGUACUAAACACUUCAACCUAUGGAAUAAUGGUUAACUGGAUUUCUCUGGGUGGUACUGACAUGGUACGGAGAUGUUUUUUGAUGUUGUUUGUUCAUCAGACUCUUGUGUAAUUUUCCCAAGUGGUCUAAAAAUGCAACUUCUUUUGAUUUUUUUUUGUAAAUGUUUAGGGCUUCUUUUUUUUUUUUUUUUUGUAUAGUAAAGUCAUGAUUUCUGGAAUUGAAA